GAAAACCAAGUAAUGGCAUUAAAAGAGAAAGGUAUUUGUGCUGAAUUUCUCUCCUCAACAAUAUCAACUGAGGCAAAAAAUAAGAUUCAUGACGAUCUUGAUUCUGGAAAACCCUCUACAAGGCUGCUAUAUGUGACUCCAGAGUUGAUAGCAACAGCGGGGUUUAUGCCAAAGCUGAAAAAGAUUUACGCUAGGGGGCUGCUAAGUCUCAUUGCCAUAGAUGAGGCACAUUGCAUCUCAAGUUGGGGCCAUGAUUUCAGACCAAGUUACCGUCAACUUUCAUUGUUGAGAAGCCACCUACCAGAUGUUCCAAUAUUAGCUCUAACUGCUACUGCUGCUCCUAAGGUUCAGAAGGAUGUUGUACAGUCUUUGCAUUUGCAAAAUCCAUUAAUUCUUAAAUCUUCUUUUAACCGUCCUAAUAUCUAUUAUGAAGUUCGAUAUAAAGAUCUUCUGGAUGAUGCUUAUGCCGAUUUAUCUAAUACAUUAAAAUCUAAGGGAGAUGUUUGUGCAAUAGUUUACUGUCUUGAACGUUCAAUGUGUGAUGAAUUGUCAGCUCAUCUAUCCCAAAAUGGCAUUUCCUGUGCUGCUUAUCAUGCAGGAUUGAAUAAGAAAAUGCGAACGUCUGUGUUAGAUGAGUGGAUUUCUUCCAAAAUACAAGUUGUUGUUGCCACUGUUGCUUUCGGGUAUGGGAUUGAUAGAAAGGAUGUAAGAAUUGUAUGCCACUUCAAUAUUCCCAAGUCAAUGGAAGGAUUUUAUCAAGAGUCAGGCAGAGCAGGUCGUGAUCAACUGCCCUGUACAAGUCUGCUGUACUACGGGGUAGAUGAUCGCAAAAGAAUGGAAUUCAUAUUAAGAAAUUCAGGAAGCAAGAAAUCCCAAUCAUCUACUUCACAGGAAGAAUCAUCAAAAAAGUCAAUGGCUGACUUUACCCAGAUGGUUGAAUAUUGUGAAGGAUCUGGAUGUCGUAGGAAAAGGAUUCUCGAGAGUUUUGGGGAGAAGGUUACUGCAUCCCUGUGUGAAAAAACAUGUGAUGCUUGCAGACAUCCAAACUUAGUUGCCCGAAAUUUGGAGGAUCUGACAACUGCCAUUGCUCUGCGCCAGAAAGGCGGUUCUUCUCGAAUUUUCAUCACCAGUUCUUCUGAUGCAAUCAACGGAGAACAGUUAUCUGAAUUCUGGAAUCGUGGUGAUGAAGCAAUUGGCUCAGAUGAUGAUAUAUCUGACUCCGAUGAUGGUAAUGAGGUUGUCAACAACCUAACCAAGUCAAAGCUUCAUUCUAGAGUGGGAGUAAAUGAAAAGCUUGCUAUGUUAGAACGUGCAGAAGAAAACUUCUAUCGAAAUGAGAAAGCUAAGAAACAGAGUAAAGUUGACAAGAAUGCUAUUUCUGAUGCAAUGCGAGAAUCAAGCAGGCAAAGAUUACAAAAUGCUCUGAAACAGGCUCAGCAGCGACUUGACAACUUAAAGAUUGAGUUGGAGACAUCAGCAUCUUUCCUUGAAGAUGAAUGCUACAAGAAAUAUAGCAAAACUGGCAAAUCAUUCUAUUAUUCACAAGUGGCGAGCACGGUUAGGUGGCUGGCAACGACAAGUUCUGUUGAUAUGUUGAACCGACUUGGCACAAUGAAGGAAUCUACAUCAAUGGAUGCUGUUCCUGAAGCUGAAGGUCGCACCCCACCACAUGCUAUAGAUCAUUCUGGAAAGGAAGGUACAAGUAAUGAACUCUCGGGCAAUGCUCAGUCAGAAAUUUUGCCUUGCGGUGACAGGGGCAUGCCAGUAGAAAGUUCUUCCGUUAAUACAAAGCUGCCACAGAUUCCGUCGUUCUAUGAAUUUGUUAAUAGUAGGAAAACAAAAGGUGACCAAUUAGAUGACACAAAAAAGAACUCAUCUAGAGUAGAAAAGAAAAUGAGAGUACAGUAGAUUGACGCUUGUAGUUACUAUUGGUCUUGAUUAUAGUCACAAAAAUGUGUCAAAUGCCAACUAUUGUUGUCGCAAAGAAAGUUAGAAUUUUGGUUUCAAUCAUUUUCGAGCUCUUGUUUGAAAAUGGAUGUUAAAAUUCCAUUCGAGUCUUUAAACCACCCUUGAAGCAGCUUUUUUGUUGGGGUUAAGCUUUGCAAAGAGCUUGUCAAGAGAAAUAAUCCAUGUUCCUUUCCAUUAUAGAAAAACUACAUGGACCGGUG